CACCAAGUUUCUUGCGCAACAUUGAACUCAAUUUCGAAUCGAACUCGCUCCAAUUACUACUCCACACAAGCAGUCUGAUAUGCCUCGAGUGACAGAUGUGACGACUUCUGACUCGGAGGUGGACAGGUCACACGCGAAACAGAAGAAAGAAUACUCAUCCAAGAAGAAUCGCGUAUCCUCUUCAGAGCCCGACCUCGCGUCGGAGAGUGAAGAGGCUCCUGGAGAGGAGGGCGACGAGCAGGACGAGGAGUAUGAGAUUGAGGAGGUCAUAGAAUCCCAAAAAGGUUAUUUUGGUGAUGGCAAAUUUGGCUAUUUUGUGAAAUGGAAAGGUUACCCCUCUGACGAUAACAGCUGGGUACACGAGGACGAUGCAGCCAAUGCGCAGGACCUCAUCAAUAAGUAUUGGGAAAACAAGCGUAAAGCCAGCAAGGGUGGUCCCCGCAAGUCCACAGAUGCUGGAAAACCCAAAGCCGGCCGUAAAUCCGCCAUUGUAGAGGAGCCUCGAGAGCCCACGAUCUCUGCAAAGAAACGUAGUAGGCCGAAGAAAGCGGACCAGGAUGAGCAGUCGGAGAAGGAGCAGGAUGCCAGCAGCGACGAUGACGAUGCUAGAGCAAAGAAAAAACCACGUAAGAGCCAAGGGUCAUAUGCGAAGAAGGUCGCGAAACAGCUGGCUGAAGAUGAAGAGGUGGUCACUUUCGGUAGUAUGAAGAAGCACAUGACUAUUGCUAGUUGGGAGAACCUUGUCGAGACCAUUGACACAAUCGAACGCGGAGACGAGGGUGACCUCUAUGUGUACUUCAAAAUAAAGCACAGCGAUGUCCGAAUGCGGGAAGUUUCCCGACUUUGUGCUCAAAAGUUCCCUCAGAAGCUCAUCAAGUUCUACGAGUCCAAUCUGCGAUGGAGGAUCGACGGCGAAGACGCGAAUUAACACCGUACGACGCAGUGGCAUCCAACCAGGGUUUCCUUAUUUUGUUUUACUCAUUGCUUUAUCUCGUUUCAUGCAUACCAAACAUGAAACUGAACUUGUUAAUCGUGUUUUACUUCAGGUUCACAUAUCCAAAAUUAAUGGGAUAUACGUUAUGCAUUUCCAGGACACUCAGGCUCCGACCAUUAUGUUAAUGUAGGGUCCGUGUAUUUCAUCCGCAUGACCACUACAAACCCCUGCAUCACUUGCAAAUGAGUGUGUACAUGGUAGUUCCGCACAGCAUUGCUCAAGUACCUCCGGAAGCAUUUUGAGUGGGUCGUAUAAUUAAUGACAGUCAACGCCACUGAGGGACGCGAUGGUGCAACGAAAGUCAUCCAUUGCGGCAAAUGCACAUGGCACUAGGAGUCAUUACGUUAUUUCGGAACCGUUCCGACGGGUACCGCCAGUUGGUCAC